ACAUUGAGCAGCUCUGCAGCUCUUCAAAGGCAUUUAAGAAUGCACACAGGAGAGAAACCGUUUGAGUGCUCAGAUUGUGGAAAAAGAUUCAGUAGGAGUGACUAUCUUCAACUGCAUCAGAGAACUCACACAGGAGAUAAACCUUUUGAGUGCGCAGAGUGCGGAAAGACGUUCAAUAGCAGUGGAGCUCUUCAAAAGCAUUUAAUAAUACACACCGGAGAGAAACCUUUUCAGUGCCUAGAGUGUGGAAAAAGAUUCAGUAGGAGUGCCGAUCAUCAAGUGCAUCGAAGAACCCACACAGGAGAGAAACCUUUUGAGUGCUCAGAGUGUGGAAAGAAAUUCAGUAGCAGUGGAGAGUGUAAAAAACAUUUAAGAACCCACACUGGAGAGAGACCUUUUGAGUGCUCAAUGUGUGAAAAGAAAUUCAGCAGCCGUGGAAGUGGCAAUCUUCAAUUGCAUCCAAAAACCCACACAAAAGAGAAACCUUUUGAAUGCUUAGUGUGUAGAAAGCGGUUCAAUAGGAGUGGCGAUCUUCUAGUGCAUCAAAGAACGCACACAGGAGAGAAACCCUUUGAGUGCUCAGAGUGUGGAAAGAGAUUUAGUCAGAGUGGAAGUCUUCAGAAGCAUUUAAGAUCCCACACAGGAGAGAAAUCAUUUGUGUGCUCAGAUUGUGGAAAGAAAUUCAGCAGAAGUGAAGUUCUUCAAAACCAUUUAAGAAUACACACAGGAGAGAAACCUUUUCCAUGCCUAGUGUGUGGAAAAAGAUUCAGCAGGAGUGACUAUCUUCAACUGCAUCAACGAAUGCACACAGGAGAGAAACCGUUUGAGUGCUCAGAGUGUGGAAAAAGAUUCAUUUCGGGUAGCCAUCUUCAACUGCAUCAAAGAACCCACAUAGGAGAGAAAGCUUCUGAAUGCUCAGGAUGUGGAAAAAAAUUCAGCAGUAGUGGAGAUCUUCAAAAGCAUUUAAGAAUCCACACAGGAGAGAAGCCUUUUGAGUGCUCAGAAUGUGGAAAGAGAUACCGUCAGGGUGGUCAACUUGAAGUGCAUCAAAGAAUCCACACAGGAGAGAAACCUUUUGAGUGCUCAGAUUGUGGAAAGAAAUUCAGCAACAGUGGAGGUCUUCAAAAGCAUUUAAGAACCCACACUGGAGAAAAACCUUUUGAGUGUGCAGAUUGUGGAAAGAGAUUCAUUCACACUAGUCAUCUUCAUGUGCAUCAAAGAACUCACACAGGAGAGAAACCUUUUGAAUGCUCAGAUUGUGGAAAGAGAUUCAUUCACAGUAGUCAUCUUCAUGUGCAUCAAAGAACCCACACAGGAGAGAAACCUUUUGAAUGCUUAGUGUGUGGAAAGUGGUUCAGUAGGAGUGCCGAUCUUCAGGUGCAUCAAAGAACGCACACAGGAGAAAAACCCUUUGCGUGCUCAGAAUGUGGAAAGAGAUUUAGUCACAGUGGAGAUCUUCCAAAGCAUUUUAGAACCCACACAGGAGAGAAACCUUUUGAGUGCUCAGAGUGUGGAAAGAAAUUCAUCAGCAAUGGAGAUCUUCAAAAGCAUUUUAGAACCCACACUGGAGAGAAACCAUUUGAGUGCUCAGAGUGUGGAAAGAAAUUCUGUCAGAGUAACCAACUUCAAUUUCAUCAAAAAACCCACAUAGGAGAGACAGGAAUGUAGGUAUAGAUUUUUAUGGGGUGGGUUUGGGAGGAGGGCCAUGCCCCCACCCGCCGCUGGGGGCGUGGCCACACCUCCCCAAGUCUUGUCCCCGGCCUCAGUGCUUAU